GAUUAGAGUAUCGUGGUUCAAGAUAUCGUUUGUCAACAAAAUAAUAACAUAAGAACAGAAUUAUGAUUAAAUAAUAGUGAUAGUAACAAUGCAGAAUACUUUCUUGUUAUGUUUUAUUUUACUUUCAAUUCAAAUAACAAAUAUAAAAUGUGAAUUUAAAAGAAUCGAUCUCGCAUCGAAACGUGUUAAUUGGACUCUAAGUAAUAAUAAAACCCAGAUUUCUGCCAAGGUCCCCGGCGGGGUGUACACUGACUUACAGAGGGCUGGUAUCAUCGACGACAUACUUUCCGGAUUCAAUGAUAUCCAGACACGUUGGGUGGCGUACGAUACAUGGACGUACAAGACAAACUUCCAAGUGUCAGAAAAAGAUGUCCAAUCUCCAGUGGCAAAUUUGGUUUUCGAAGGAGUUGAUACGAUUGCGUUUAUUGAAUUAAAUGAUGUUCCCAUCGGGACCACACAAAAUAUGUUCGUCAGAUAUGUUUUUGACAUAAAAGAACACCUGAAGAUUGGUCUAAACGAAUUAAAAGUGACAUUUGCAUCUCCCGUGCACGCCGCUGAGAAUCGUUCCGCAAAGCACUUCACAGCGCCCGCCUGCGUGCCAGAUGAGUACAAUGGAGAAUGUCACGCCAACCAGCUGCGGAAGAUGCAGGCCUCAUUCAGCUGGGACUGGGGACCGGCGUUUCCGUCAGUUGGACUGUGGAAGCCUGUGUAUAUAGAACUUUACGAUACUGCGAUAAUACGUUCACUAACAACGCAUACAGAACAAAACGAUCAACUUUGGUACUUAAAAAUCCUCGCUCACUUGGAAUCGGGGACAAGAGCAAAGCGUGUAGAGGGAUAUAUAACCGCGGAGUUAUUUGUCGAAGGCCAUCAGUCUUUGAAUGUAGCGAGAGAAAUCUCAAUAAUGACAAGACAUGAUGGAACUGUUGAAGUUGAAUUAAACAUCACCGUACAUAGUAAUGUCAUCAGUGUCUGGUGGCCCAAUGGAUUUGGUGAUCAACCAUUGUACGAUCUUAGAGUUUCUUUAUCAACUCAUAAGGAUGGCAAUGAAGUUAGCCAAAAACAUAUAAGAAUAGGUUUUCGAACUUUAGAGCUCGUUGAAGAAGACGCUUCAAAAAUUUUAGGCAAUACAACUGCUGGAAAAGGGCUCACGUUUUAUUUCAAAGUUAACGGUUAUCCAAUGUUUAUGAAGGGAUCCAAUUGGAUACCUGCAAAUAUUCUUCCGGAAAAUGGGUACGACAAAAGAACAGUGGACGAAUUAUUGACAGCCGCUCGUGAUACUCAUAUGGCAAUGCUGAGGGUUUGGGGGGGAGGUGUCUAUGAAUCGGAUUACUUUUAUGAACGCUGCGAUCAACUGGGAAUCUUAAUUUGGCAGGAUUUUCUCUUCGCAUGUUCAAUGUAUCCCGCUGAUCCUGAAUUCCUUGAUAACGUUAAGGUUGAAAUCGAACAAACGGUUAUUCGUCUCCAGCAUCAUUCAUCUAUUGCCGUCUGGGCUGGCAACAAUGAAAAUGAAGUCGCACUUAGAGGCAACUGGUACAAUACUUUACCUGAAUUCGACAAAUACAAAGACGAAUACAUAAAGCUUUACGUCGACACUGUAAAACCUAUCGUGGAGACCUGGGAUCCCAGUAGACGCUAUCUCGUUUCUAGUCCAUCAAAUGGUGUUGAAUCUGAGCAAGAAGGUUAUAUAGCAAAGAACCCAUACGACUCUAACUACGGCGAUACUCAUUAUUAUAAUUAUUUAUCUGAUAAUUGGGAUAUUAACAUUUAUCCAAAAACGCGUUUCGCUUCCGAAUAUGGCUUUCAGUCUCUCCCUUCUUUAAAAACAAUGGCGACUGCAACAAAAAACAAGGAAGAUUACCACGUGAACAGUUCUUAUUCGAAACAUAGACAACACAGUCCGAACGGUUAUAAUUUUAUCACGGAUCAGAUGAAUAGACAUUUGAAAUUGGAUGAGCACGACCCAAAACAUUUUGAAAAGUUUGUCUUUUACAGUCAGAUAUCCCAAGCAAUGGCAAUUAAAGCGGAGACAGAAUUCUAUCGUCAAAGUCAAGCGGACUGGUACACGAUGGGCGCACUGUACUGGCAGCUGAAUGACGUUUGGCAAGCGCCUUCCUGGUCCAGUAUAGAAUAUGGCGGCAAAUGGAAAAUGCUUCAUUACUUCGCGAAGUCUUUCUUCGCGCCAGUUUUAGUAUCACCACGUCUCUUACUAACUGAUAUUGUAGACGUAUACGCCAUAAAUGAUAGACUUGUACCGAUUAUUGAUGGAAAAAUAACUGUAGAUUACUUCAAUUGGAGCAGUUUGACACCUUUCAAGUCUCAAGACUUUUCCACUAACGUUGAGUUACUAAGUGUUAAGAAAGUGACGUCUUUAGGAUUGAUGAAUUACAACAACGAUGAAAUAUUCAUGAGAUUUUCAUUGCACAUGGAAGGUGUAUCGAUGUCACCUCAUAAUUUCAUUUUUCCGAAACCGUUAAAGGAUAUAAAAGGUUUAUUGCAACCUAACAUAAAGGUGACUGUUUCAAAGAACUUUUACAAAAACAAAUUAAAGAAAACAUUCAAAUACGUAGUUAACAUUGAAGUGGACACAGUUGUGCUUUUCCUUUGGCUGGAGACUGACGCACUGGAUGGUCACUUUGACGACAACGGACUUGUUAUAACGCAGGCGAAUACUUUAGUAAACUACGUUACCAAGAGACGUAUCACAGUUGAAGAGUUGGAGAAAAACAUUUCGUAUCAGUACUACAUCAAUUGAUUUACAUUUUUAAUUCA